GCGGCAGGAGACCGACGUUCAUCUGAUUCUGGAGUGUGCUUUGAACUCUAGAACCUGAAGGUGAUAGAAGGGUGCUGGACGCUGUUGUGUCUCGAGACUGAGUUGGAUAUAUUAUAGAGAACUGGUACUCUUGUUGACACGACAUUGUGGUGAUCUGUGCGAGUGAUUCAUUUUAGCGAAUGUGAUCUGUCUUGGUGACUAUGAGAUUCGUAUUUGUGACUUUUGGUACUUCGAUCUAGUGACGUUUAGUGAUUCUUGCUGUUCAUACUUUUUGGUGACAUUUGAUAGCUUGCAUUCGUGACGCGUAAUAGUGACUGAACCGAGAGAUUGAUACCUGAAGCAAUGGUGAUGUUGCUGAUGAUGGUGACAGUGGUGGUGGCGGUGGGGUCAACGGACGCUGGGGAGUUCUCUCUGUUACGCCCUCCCGUGCGUUUCUACGCCGGCGUUCACAGCCCCCAAGAGCCUCAGUCUGUCCUAGUGGAGCCUACGCUACCGCCCCCCCAGCAGAUCCCCACUUCUACUUCCCCAGGGAGGAAGAACAGCAACAAGGAUGCCCCCGUCAUAUCCACUAACAAUGUGGCGGAAGACCCGAUGCCCACGCCAGCAGCACUCCGUCAGAGACCUUUUAUAGGCACGCCAGGAAAAUAUCUUCACCCCUUCAACCGGACCGGGGCUCUCAUGCAUAGAUUCAGACAACAGAUGCAGGGAAGGAGAGCGGGGUCGAGAAGACAAGGUAUGGGAGGCUUUGGCCUGGGUAACCGUCGUGUGCGUCCUGGAAUGGCGAGGCUGGGGGCCGGAGGGUCAUCAGUGGCUAGCCAUAGGAGACGCCCUGUCGGCUCUGAGUCUCUCACGAGUUUCAGUCAGUGGAUGAACGCCCCCGGUGUCCUCCGCAACAGAGUUCCCUUGAAGAACAACGCUGACCUCUUGUCAUCAUCGACCUCUCAGCCAAAUGAUUUUUUGUCUGGGUGGCAUAAUUCUUACAGCCGGAGCCAGACCAAGGCUCAAAAUGCCACAUCCGACGAAAGAGUUACUACAGAACUAUCAGGCAAGAUUGAAGACCCGAGCAACAGCCCACAAAGACCAGCAGCCUCUCAGUCCGAGCCAGGUUAUAGGAGCUCUGGUGCUGCCAAGACAACCAACAGAAAAUCCAGUUUUGGUUUGUUUCCAAAACAUCCUUAUGCUACUGCUCAGACGCCUCAAGCAAACGUCCCUUCUGUGCACGAUAUGACCAGUUUGCACUUUAAGAAAACUCAUAACUCCUCUUCCUCCGGAGCUCCUAAUAUGCAAACUGAAAUAUUGAAGGAAAAGAGAACAAGGUUUUCAGAGAGGCCGAUCACGAGGCAAACAGGAGCUACUUCGUUCACGAGGGACACCACCAGGACGACAACAACUACGACAACAACAACAACAAAAACACCAACAACACCUUUACCAAUCAGAUACUCAGCCACGAAGGCGCCUCCACACGGGAAGGACAUUCUCGCCUCCAUACAGAGCAUCUUCGAGGCUGCUAAGACGGAUGAGCGAGAACUCUCCUCGAUGAAAAACAUCAACCAUGGUAACACCUCACCCCAGCCACUGGAUAUUUUCUCAGGUAUCUCACCCUCUUACGGCUUUGUGCCCAGUAACAACGACGUGCAGUCAGUACUUAGUCGUCUAAACACAGACACUCUCGUUUCGCAAAUCCAAACUCCUCAUUCUAUUCCACAAGUUCCUGCAAAUCCCAGUGUCUUGAUUACCAGCCAGAGACCUAAUACUCCCGAUCUAGAAUCACAGGCUAGUGAAGCUAUAACCAACAUCCUCAUGCCGCAGCGGCCUACUUCAGGAGACAGUUUGAUGCUUCAUGUGGGUCACUCAAUCCCUGUCCAGGCACAGCAGACAUGGAGGCCCGAACACCGAGCAGGCAGCGAAGGAGAUAUCAUUCUCGAUGAAGGACCUAUGAACGACGUCAUAGUUGGGAGUCCAGCUACUUUAAUCCAGGCACCGCCGAACAAAGCCCCUGUGGUGGUGACAUCAACUCCUGCAUCUCAGAACCAGUUCGGGAACCCUGUCCACUUCCGAAACACUGAAGAACCUACAACACAACACUCUAUAGUGAUGUCUCCCUCGUCGGAGUUGCACCCUGACGAAUUAGGUCCUCUCUUAGACUUCAUCAACUCCAAGUACAAACCUCACCAGAUCAACACCGUGCCCUCCUCUGUGACGAGUCUCCAGUCUAUGAUCAACGCUGGCAGGAUACCGGAAGUGUUCAAGAGAGAGCACGUGAUGGAUGUCAUUCGUGACGACCGUCUGAGAUAUCGACCACAACCUGUAAACAGGAAUGGAGAACCAUGGAGGAACAUGGCAGUGGAAAGGACUCGUACACAUCCAGAGGUGAAGAAUGAACUCAGCAACGGUGGACAGUUCGUAGCCUUGUCGAGUAUAGCCUUACUUGUAGCCUUCUGUGGGUACUUCCUAUAUGCAGGAUCAGGAGCUACCAAGGAGGCCAGGAAGGUCCUCCACCCACUCAAAGUCGCGGUGGAUGAGGCUAGAAACGGUCUCCAUCUUCUCUUGCGGGGACUUGAUGAGUACGAAGAUCACUUGAUUAAAGAAGAAGAAAUAGAGAAUGAACACUUAGAACCUCCGCACAUUGAGAAGAACAACACGACCCAGAGUGACAUUCCUACCAUCCUGAAGAAGAUGUGGAACUCUGUGGUCCCUGCUGAGGUGCGCAUCACCAGCGGCACGGUGAAGCACGCCACGGGGGGCUACCAGCCGGUGGAUGCCUCCUCUCUUAUUCGAGGCAACAAGUCACGAAGAAUAAAUAAUUCUGGAUCUCGACAACCUCACGCUAUAGAAGCCUUCCCCAGCCACAAGACCAAAGAGAAUCAUUAUGAUCCUUUACACAAGAACAAUACGAGUUACAAUGAGACUGUAGCACGACCUGCCAUAGGUCUCGCCUCCGUUGCUAAUUCUUUCCUAAAUUCUUUGAUAAACACCAAAGCUGUGGAGAACAUUAUCUCACAGCUGAAAUCUUUUCCUGUAACCAUCGAGAAGGACAACAAUCCUCUGAUCAAACCACAAGAAGACAUUCAAGAAUUAAACCCACAAAAGAGAGAUGAUGAACCGAUUCCUGAGCUCAAAGAUGAUCUAAAAUCCGCAAACCAUGACCUCGUGAGCCAAGAUAACUCCCAGGAGUUCGAGAAAGUUGAUUCGACCACAAACAACCCCGAAGAACUGGAUUAUCUAACAACAGAAGAAUCUUUGGGGCAAGAAAGCCUCCUCAUAACCUUCGCUGGCACAGGACUUCGGCAGAAGGGUCUGCGUGAGGUAACGACGGAACAGGUGCCGACGUCAGCCAGCAAGAGAUUCAUUGUUAACAACCGCAUGCACAUCCGCCAUGACCCAGAGACCGACCCCCCACGCACCUCCGUCUUCGUCAACAACGUGCCUUUAAAGCCUGCGUCUUAACUUCCAAGACUCAGCAGAAGAACCUUGUUGUGUUGUUUAGUUCUGCUUCGGAAUUUCUCUUCGGGGGAACUCAUCUUCGUCAUGGUGUCAUCUUCGAUCUUAACUGAUGCCAAAGAAUAUGCAUCAAAGGUUCAUCCAGAAAUGUUUACCAAAACUACUUUUCAUAUAUAUCUCGAAAUACUUCCAUCAGUCACGUGGCAGUACAAUUAGUGAUCAGUUUUUAUUGUCACACUAAAAAUGAAUUAUUAAAUGAUAUAGGGAAGAUAACGAAGGCCAGCCAUAUAAUAUUAAGAAUUUCAGCAAGUCAGGUUACCACAGCCUAGUAUGUACCGCCUACGGCCCCUCCUUCACCAGCAGAUACAGAGACCGAGGCCUCCACAUGGAUAAUCUCAGUAAACACAAGAGGUUUAUGAUGGAAAUUUCAUAUACUCUACCACACGAGAGCGAGUGAUUGUAUUUUAUUCAUCUUAAAGAUACACUCCAUUACUGCCUUGACUAAAUAAUUAAUCUAUUAACGGUAUUUAGAUGAUACAAUAAGACAUAGAUUUGUGCAAUGAUGUCAGAUUUAUUAUGAGUAAGUCAGCUAUUCUCCCGUCUGUGUCGAGGAGGAGCUGUGACGUGAUGGACGCUAAGUUAAGUCAAUUCAAGUAUGGAGCUGCACCAGAGAGUCUAAAUAACCAAGUUUAAACAACACUAACAUUAAUAUAUUUGUUAUCUAGUGACCAUUAUAUAUGUGUGGGAAACUUAACAUUAUUAUACAGGAGCUCAGGUGAGAGAGAUGAGUCGUGAGUCUUAACACGUGUUGUACCUUAAUUGUUCACACACACAUACACACACACACACACACACACACACACACACACACACACACACACACACACACACACACACACACACACACACACACACACACACACACACAACAACAACAUCGUUCUCAAAGACUGCAACUCGGGCAUAAUAAAUGAUAGCUCUUAAGAGGUUGUUACUAUAUUUAUACACAUUAUUACUUUAUAUGUAUGUACAGUGUUGAUUUAUUUAUGUGUAUACUUCAAGGAUUCAUGUGUUAGUAGAUUAUGGAUGAACAGUACAUGUGAAUAUAUUGUUAAUUUAUAUGUGCUUAUAUUUAACUCAUAUUGGGACACAAUGUUAUGCUGUGUGUACCUAAAAUGUUGAUCUACACACACAUACACACACACGAAGGUCAGUGUUAGGUGUACUGUAAACAAACUAUCCAUUAAGGGUGGUGAGACGGGCAUUAUUAUUAUGUUAAGUCCUAAAUAAAGGAUCUUGACUA